GAUAUUCGAUUAAAUUAAAAGAUCCUCCUUUUAUUUUUGUCAGCGAACUUCAAACCAGCCUUUCGCUGUUUUUGCAGCCUAUUUUGCGUUCUGAAAACAGAAAACUAAACAUUGUGUCAAAUAAACAAAUACAAAAUGGCAGAAUCAAUAGCAAAUACAUACAAUACAGGAAUCACAUCCUCAUAAACAAUUAAACCAGGAAAGACCCACAUAAAAGCAAGAACUAUGGAAACUAAGAGCAACGCACUUAUUGAUCGAUUACAUUCAAACCUAAAGGAUAUUAAACCUACCCGCAAGUCCCCACAAAUCCAGAAUGGCGAUAUAAGGGUGAGGCUGCGCGCGUUGCUGGUGGCCCUCCUGGGUAUAUCUCUGUCAGCCUGCGCCUUCGUCUCGCAGCCGGUGGAGAUGGAGAUCAGCGAUGAGGUCGCUCAGGGUCUCAACAACGUUACUUUUGCGAGACGACUAACCAAACCGACAAUUCGGCUAGUGAUGGGCUACAGUAAGUUGAGUGUUAUGGUGACUGCUAUGACGUCGCUGCUGCUGCUCCUCGCUGUCAUGGCCAAAGAAGCGUGGUGGAACCGCGGCUUGAGGUGGCUAGCUGUCCCAGCACUGCUGGUGACAGCAUUAGAAGUGGUGACGGACGCCAGCGACGGGCUGCUGGCGGCGGCGGUGCGAGGCGCGGGGCCGGCUGCGGCGGCACACGCGGCCGGCGCGUGCUGUCUGAUCGCUGUCGAGAUUGUUGUGUGGUAUUUCAUAGCAAAAUUCUUUGAGAACAGUCCACAGGAAGAACAAAAUACAAUAGAAUUUGAAUGAAACUGUUUAUUCAAAACUAUGCAACACAUACCUAUAACAAACCAAUGAAAUUAA